AUGACAAAAACCCAGCUAGCGGACCAAGCUGACCAAUCUUUCGCAGAGAAACGACGAGGCUAUCGCCGGCGCUGUUCCGUCCGCUCGCCUAGUGAAAUUAAAGGCACAGAUUGUUUUGACCUUGGGUCGGCGUUUGGUAAUGUUGAUGGGACCCCCAGGUCAUCAACGGCUCCCUCUCACGGCAUUACCGCCUUGAUGGGCCCCCCUUCUUCCGACCUGCAUGUUCAUGUCGAAGAAGGCGAGACGGGGGCCGGUGGUUUCGGUGCGCCGGACGCCGAUCACCACCUGCUGCCACUUCAAAUUCCCACAACUUCGCUGGAGUCAUUCGCCAGCUUGCUAGCAGAGGCUGCAUCUGUUUCAUCCAUGCCGGCGGUGCCAUAUUAUAGCGCCACCGCCCCAGCUCCAUUGGUGGAGAUCGACGCCGACCAUGAAGACACAACGAGCUUCUUGUUCUCACAGCUCACGGCCGUAAGCCAAAGGGCCAUGCGGACAGCACGCCGUCUCGCCCGCUCCGGCAAAGGUGUAGAUGCAACCAACCUGAUGGUGUCGUCGCCCGAGGUGAACGAGGCGUUGGAGGACACGAAUACGCUGAUAAGCACCGUCAACGACAUUAUGACAAUAGCCGAGACAGCAGGCCACGACGACUCCACGGUGACGACCGAUUGCGCCGGACUGGCUUUCUCCGCUCUCGCUUGUCACCAAAACCUCAUGACGCUCUUCCGAGCCAUUUGCGAUGCCAUACAGGGUAGACUUCAGGCCCAGAAAGAAGAGCGGGAACAGCAACGACAACAACCACAAGAACAACAGCAACACGCCACCCGAGACAACAGCGCCAUGGGACCUCUCAACGUCGCUCAGUUCGUCAUGGUGCUGCAACUGCUGAUGCACCUCAUCAGCCGCAUGGGCCGCUUCCUGGUGAUAUCGCACACGGGGACUGAGCAGGAGAGCCGGUUCAUCGCGCCCGCGGCCAUGCUCGACUGCAGUACUAUGGUCACUGACGGGUAUGCCGCGGACAACGCUUCCGGUCAGUCCUCUGGCUCCUCAGCCACACCAGUCCACAACUCGACGCGCCGCAGUGGGCUGCUUGAGCAUGUGCGAGAUAUUGUCGGAAACAUACCCAGUGAGCACGACAGGCUGAGGCUCAUGAUUCGGGUGUUGCAGGCAGAAAUGGAUCAUGCAGAAAUAUACUAA